AUGGGGAUGUGGCACCUUGACCACCCUCCAGAAGUACCAACUCCUGCAGGAGUCAGGGUGGGGCCCAUGGGCAUCCACAGGGAGAAUGAGCGUCAGCCGGACAUCCCGGGGGCCUCCUCUCAGGUCACUUCAAGGUUAAUAUUACUCCUGGAGGAGAAGACGGCCCAUAACAACAUUGAAGAAUGUCAGUCCAGCAGAGGCCCCCAAAACCUCCUAAUCCUCACGAGGCACGAGCAGGAGAUGGAGACCUGGCACACACCUCGGUCAACUGGCCACGGAGAGGCUGAACGUCAGGCAAAGAAAAUAGCCAAAACUCAGGGGAGAAACAAUCUCUUGGAGAUUCAGCUGGAGGAAGCAAAUCGUUUAGUCAAACUAACACAGACUAAGGAAAACUGUAUGAAAGAAGAAUGUGGUUUGCUGCAUGGAGUGAUAACGGAACUGCAGGGGACCAUCCAAAAACAAUGUGACCUGAGAGAUGAAAAUGAACAUUAUAGAAAAUGUAUCCAGGAUCAAGAAGAGAAGCUAAGAGUGGUUAAACAGGAGAACAAAGAAAAUGUUGAGAAGCUGCUGUUAGAGAUGAAAACAAUGGAACAGGAGCACAAGGUGGAGUGUGCAAAGAUUCAGCAAGACCUAAGCAGAAAAUUUGAAAUAAAGGAGGCAGAACUCAAUGGGAUUAUUGACAAAAAGGAAACAGAGAUUCAACUACUGAAUAGACAGAUAAGUUCUCAGGACAGAGAGAAACAAAGUGAGAUCAUCAAAUUGCAGAUGGAGUUUAACACCAAGCUACUGAAGAUCCAGAGCUCUUCAAUGAAAUCACCACAUCAGGAUUCUUCUGCAUUGUCUCAGCAUAUCUUUAAGAGGAAGCUACAGCAUUUACAAGAAGAAAAAAACCGAGAGAUUGCAGCCCUUCGUCGGACCAUUCGUGAACUUGAACAGCAGCGAGAUUACACUCAGGACUCGCACCUUAAACGUCGAAGUCCUACCAGUGGCCAUUGCUGUGUUCUGGCGCUUGUGGGACUACUCAGCCGCCGGCCAAUUGGGGUGGCUAAGCAGCCUUUUCUCAAGUUGCUCGACUCAAGACUUGUCUACCAGGGGUUCAAGCAAUACACCCGCCUGUAA